CCAUGUGUGCGGAUGAGGCCAAUGAAUUGUAGACGUGUCGAGAGUAUCCCGGAACUUAGAAACAUUGAAUAGCCUAUUUGUGUUGAGUCGCGAUGUGAAGACCGACGUAGGGCGUGCCGCGUUCUAUUCCGCUUUCACUCCGAGAUGCUACGUAUUUAAUACCAACACCUACGGAUCUAAUACAUUGUUAGUCCAAGCAUUGCAUCUCUAUUCACAAUGGCCGAAUCACAAUAUGUCAUCCUCGAAGGCCUACCGACGCCGCAAAGGUACCACGAUAUCCGCAAGCUCGCCGGUAUGACACCCCCACCAAUGGAAGCUGUGCCCAAGUCGCUCGCGAACUCUUUCUGCUGCAUCGUCGCAUACGAACGAAAAGACAUGCUUGACGACACGACUCCUGCGCCUGCACAGGAUGUUGUUGCGAUGGGCCGAUUAGUCGGCGAUGGAUCGCUCUUCCUGAUUAUGGUGGACAUCGCGGUGCACCCAGAUCAUCAGCGUAGAGGACUGGGAAAGCGCAUCGUGCAGACGCUUCUGGACUACGUGGACGAGCACGCACCUCUGGCAUAUGUAAGCCUUGUAGCCGACGGUCCAGCGCAAAAACUAUACCCGCUUUAUGGAUUUAAAGAUGUGUCGCCUAGUAUUGGCAUGUACAGGAUGAUUAGGGGUCCGAAAGAUCAACAGGAUGCGGCGACGAAAGCAGGGAAGGAAUCUUGAAGCCGCUCGAAGUCAGCGGCGUGUCUACAACCCGACUUAAAGCUCCUGCAAUCAAUGUAUCGUCGUUUGAUGACGAGUAAACACGAUGCGCGCUGCGUUGUUGGUGGCGUGGCAUUCACAUGUCUAGGUGGACAGGGGUGGCUGUGGGGGGCGGGACCCCACCGAUGGCGUCGAUGCACAUCACUGCCCAGGCUUCACGAAUCCACACAUCCAAUGUUCAUUACUCUUCAACAUGCGCGAUUAAGACCUUCGCCCUCUGUAUGGAUGCGCAUCUGUGAUCACGUCUG